AGUUCUACUGUUGGGAACCGUCACUAUCUCCAAUCAAUCACCCAUCAGAACUGAAGAUGACGAUAGAUUGUUGCUGACACACAAACAGCUGAUCAGCAAGAGAUCGCCAGCUGAUCAACAGAUGAACAAGGCACCAAAAGCUGGAGAGAACUCCAAAACUCCUGGUCAAAAUACAUUGGGGCAUGAUUGCCGAGUCCUACAAAACGAAAAACUCUAGUGGCGGAGGGAACGAACCGAAAUGUCCAGCUGGUUUCAGUGGUCUCAUGCCACAUCCCACGGAUUGUGAACAGUAUCUAAACUGUGAUGCCGGUACUGCGUCUAUCCAGAAGUGUGGUCCUGGUACUGUGUUUAGUCCCGACCACAAAACUUGUGACCAUCCUGAAAACGUUGACUGCUCUGGGCUAACACAAGUACCGAAGACAGGACUAAAAGAAGUACCGAAGACUGGGCCAAAAGAAGUACCGAAGACAGGACUAAAAGAAGUACCACAGACAGGCGAUAAGAAAGAGAAGGAGAAGGUGGUGGAUCCGAAAAAGGAGAAGGGAGGGGAUACGAAAGAGGGGAAUAAGGAGAUUGGGAAAGGGGUGGAUAAGAAGAAGGAGGUAGUGGAGAAGAAGGGAGAAGAUAAGAAGAAAGAGGUAGAAGACAAGAAGAAUGGGAAGGGAGAGGAUAAGAAGAAACAGGUAGAAGAGAAGAAGAAAGUUAAAAGAGAGGAAAGAGUGGAAAAGGAUGAGGAGGAGAAGGAAAAGGAUGAGAAAGAGAAACCAAAUGAGAAGUGUGAAUUGAAACCUCACGAGACCAAGGGGAAGAAAAUACAACGUGAUUGGCUGUCACAUGUGUCUUUCAUGAGCAAGAGAUCACCAGCUGAUAAUAAUGACAACGAACCACUGAUCUCUGAUCCACCAAUGGAUGAAGGAGAAGAAGAAGAAGGUGGAGAAGGAGAAGGACAUGACGUUGGAGGAGAUGAUGGAGGAGAUGGUGGAGGAAUCGACGGGGGAGGAGAAGAAGGAGGAGACGGUGGAGGAAUCGACGGAGGAGGAGGAGGAGGAGGAGAAGUAGGAGGUAUCUCCGAACCUCUUGAUCACAAUAAAUUGGACAUGAUCGCCCACCAAAUUGCAUUGAAUAAACUUUUGAAAAUGAAAGAUGCUAAACGCGGGGAAGGACAAGGUGAAGUAGGAGGAGGAGGAGGAGGAAUACAAAAUAUUCAAAAAAGAGAAGUAGGAGGAGGAGGACAAGUAGAAGAAAAAUUCGGAGGAGGAGAGAGUUUAAGACCAGAGGUCAGAGAAAAAAGAUACUCAAAAAAGGGCAAAGAAGCAAAAUGCCCCAGUGGUUUCAGUGGGCUGAUGGCGCAUCCGACAGACUGUGACAAAUUCUUGAACUGUGACAACGGGCGCACAUUCAUCCAGCAAUGCGGCCCUGGGACAUUGUUCAGUCCAGACCUGAGGGUUUGCGACUAUCCACAGAAUGUAGACUGUCCCGGAGAGGAGGACGGAGAUGGAGACACUGAUAAGAAAAAUGGUACCAAUGUGACAGGAGGAGGUGAUAAGAAAAAUGGUACCAAUGUGACAGGAGGAGGUAAUAAAAAUAAUGGUACCAACGUGACAGGAGGAGGUGAUAAGAAAAAUGGUACCAACGUGACAGGAGGAGGUGAUAAGAAAAAUGGUACCAAUGUGACAGGAGGAGGUAAUAAGAAAAAUGGUACCAAUGUGACAGGAGGAGGUGAUAAGAAAAAUGGUACCAAUGUGACAGGAGGAGGUGAUAAGAAAAAUGGUACCAACGUGACAGGAGGAGGUGAUAAGAAAAAUGGUACCAAUGUGACAGGAGGAGGUGAUAAGAAAAAUGGUACCAACGUGACAGGAGGAGGUGAUAAGAAAAAUGGUACCAAUGUGACAGGAGGAGGUAAUAAGAAGAAUGGUACCAAUGUGACAGGAGGAGGUGAUAAGAAAAAUGGUACCAAUGUGACAGGAGGAGGUAAUAAGAAAAAUGGUACCAAUGUGACAGGAGGAGGUAAUAAGAAAAAUGGUACCAACGUGACAGGAGGAGGUGAUAAGAAAAAUGGUACCAAUGUGACAGGAGGAGGUAAUAAGAAAAAUGGUACCAAAGUGACAGGAGGAGGUGAUAAGAAAAAUGGUACCAAUGUAACAGGAGGAGGUGGUAAGAAUAAUGGUACCAAGGUGACAGGAGGAGGUGAUAAGAAAAAUGGUACCAACGUGACAGGAGGAGGUGAUAAGAAAAAUGGUACCAACGUGACAGGAGGAGGUGAUAAGAAAAAUGGUACCAAUGUGACAGGAGGAGGUAAUAAGAAAAAUGCUUCCAACAUGACAGGUGGAGGUGAUAAGAAUAAUGGUAACAAGGUGUCUGGAGGAGGUGAUAAAAAUAAUGGGACAACAGAUGUCAAGGGAGACAAAGUGACAGGAUUUGAUAACAAAAAGAAGAAUAAAUAGAAAUCUCCACAGAAGGAGAAAGAUAUACAUCAUGAUAUAGUUAAAGCCAAUAUCAGAAGGCCCUUAAUCUCUCAAACUUCUCAUAAACUUUAUUGAAGAAUCUUAUCAAAAUCAACAAGAAUUCUUGUAUUAAUUAUACAUUCAUACUGUUCACAUGUAAUAAAGAAUUUUUCCUCCACCAACUGUCUGAAGUAUUCA